AUGUCAGCGCCCUAUCAGAGAGAAGCAAACCCCCAUUUUCAUCCCUCACAACCACCCACAAGACCUCGUGAAUCCGAAAUUGAGUUUUUUCCAUCGCCACAGGAUCAAGGUCCCGCGCCAAACCGUCCACGGUUUAAAACCCGUCCACGGCGUCAAAGCCGCAGGCCACUACCACCACCUCAACUCGAUCAUGACACCAAUCCUCACCUUUCUACACAACAAAUGCCACAGAGUCCAAGCCGCCCACGACCUCAGAACCUCGACUCAACUCGUCCGCCACCGCCAGGUCAAUCACAAUAUCAGAAGGAACAACCACUGCAACCACAUCCAGUAUCACCCUAUCAUCAUGCAGAUGAACAUGGCCAUGAUCUCACAGUACUCGCAAACUUCACCAAUCCAAACAGUAAAGUGAACAUCGACUUCAGCUACGUAGUCUUCGACCUUUUCUACAAUGAUAAGUUAAUAGCUACACGUUAUAUCGAACCAUUUUCUGUGAUGAAGGCCGAGUAUAGGUUCGCAGAUGUGCAUCUUAUGUCGAGCCAGGUUCGACUGCCUUUAGCCGAUAGUCUAAACAUGCAGAGGCAGAUAGAGAAUGGAAGAGUUAACUAUGAGAUAAGGGGUUUAUUCAGAGCAAAAUCUAAGCUAGGGGGAUUCCUCCGGUACUCGUAUUGGUUGUCUGCUCACUGUAAAAUAGUGCUAGGAGCCCCUCCUACUGGAAUCUUGAUCAGCAAACAUUGCCAAACAAAGCGCCAAGGUAUAUCGUAA